ACAUUUCAAACCAAGCAAAACAUUUCAAUUUCAAUUUUUUUCUGCAAAACAGUUCUUUUUGCUGUAAUUUAAUUGUAAAUUUAAUUUAAUUCAUUAAAAUUCUGUCGCUCAAGCACAAACCUUCAACAUUCAGCACCAGAAUGCAGACAAAAGUCAAAAGAAAAUUUCUAGCUGAAAUGAAGCAAUUAAAAAUUCGCCAAAAGUGUGCCGAAAAGACUAUAACGUGGCCAAUUAAGUUAUGCGAUCUUGAAGAUGAUGAAUUAGAGUAUCUGAAAGUUGUUGAAAAAAUGAAAGCGGACUAUGACAAGAGAUACAAGGCGUCACUGAAUGAGGCUAAAGCAACUGUACUUGAGUGCUUGAGGAAAGUCCACAAGUUUCAGCAAACAAUUUCCAAUUAUGAUGAGGACUUGCUUGCAACUAGACCAUCGGAGCUGUUGACUGUCAUGGCAGAGAUUAAUAUUUUGCUGUCAGAGAAUCUUUACAUGUGUAACAAGGAAAUGACAUCGCUGAAGUUUCAGAGUGAACAGUGAGUGAGUGGUUGUGAGGACUUCUGAGGACAGAAUCGAUUGGAAUGGAAUGGAACUUAAUUUAUUUUAAUAAAUAUUUUGAAUUGUGUGUGGAGCUUGAAUUGUUUUAUUUGAUUU